AUGGACCCGAUCAAGUACAUCUUCAAAAAAUUUGCUCUCACGGGAAGGGUGGCCCGUUGGCAAAUGAUUUUAACAGAGUAUGAUAUUCAAUACACUACAUAUAAAGCUAUCAAGAGUAGUGUCAUUGCUGACUAUCUGGCUCACCAGCCCGUCGAAGAUUACCAGCCAAUGAAGUUUGAAUUUCCUGAUGAGGAUGUGUUAUUCCUGGAUCAAUAUUUUAACAGACCAAACCCGGAUGAAGGACCCGAACCGGGAGCGCGAUUGACGCUCAUGUUCGAUGGUGCCUCUAAUGUUGUGGAUAAUGGUGUUGGUGUUGUUAUUACUUCUCCCACUGGAUUCCAUAUUUCGUUCAUUACUCGUAUUUGUUUUGAUUGCACAAACAAUACAGCGAAGUAUGAGGCUUGCAUUAUGGGACUCGAAGCUACGAUUGACAUGAGGAUCAAGUUUCUUGAAGUGUAUGGGGAUUCUGCACUUGUGAAUUGUCAAAUCAAAGGAGAUUGGAAAACUCGGCACCCAAAUCUUAUCCCCUACAGAAAGCAUGUGAUAAAGUUGAUUCCUUAUUUUGAGGAGAUCACUUUCAGCCACAUCCCAAGAGAAGAGAACCAUUUGGCUGAUGCUCUACCUAUAUUAGCUUCAACGUUCAAGGUUAAGUGGGAGAAUGAAGCACCUUCCAUCAUAAUUAUGAGGUUAGAUGAACCGGAAUUUUGCUAUGCAACUGAUGAUGAUCUUCAAGAUGAUAAGUCUUGGGAUUGUCAUGAGAUGCUUCCUUUUGCACUUCAUGGCUAUCGUACUUCGGUACGCACUUCGACCGGGGCAACCCCCUUCUCUUUAGUUUAUGGCAUGGAGGCAGUAUUUCCUGUAGAGGUUGAGUUUCCCUCUCUUCGCCUGUUAACAAAUGUUGAGCUUGAUGAAGCCGAAUGGGUACAGAACCGACUGGAUUAG